AUGUCGCAGCGCCCGGAGCCUGAGCUUGCGGUUACCACCUUGGAGCCCUCGUGGCCGGAGGAUGAGAAGGCCGGCCACGGCAGCUUCUCGACAGAGUCGAAGGGCGACGCCGGCGAUGUCGUUGCCCAGCCCCGCGACGACGCCGAGUUGCAGCGCGCGCUGCGCAAGGUCGAUCGCCGCCUCAUCCCGCCCCUCGCCAUCCUGUAUCUCUUCUCGUACCUCGACCGAGGAUCACUGGCCAACGCCUCCAUCUUCGGCUUCAAGGAGGACCUCGGCAUCACGACACAGAAGUACAACCUCAUCGCGACCGUGUUCUUCUUCACCUACGGAGGCAUGGAGGUGCCCGGAGGCAUCAUCCUCAGCUACGUCCGUCCGUCGCUGUGGAUUGCGUGCAUCUGUCUCGCCUGGGGCAUCGUCAUGACGCUGAGCGGCCUCGUUCAGAACUUUGGAGGUGCCAUCGCUGUAAGGCUCAUGCUCGGUGUGACCGAGGCGUCGUUCUUCCCGUCCGCCCUCGUCCUCGUCGGAAACUGGUACCCGCGCAUGCAGGUGCAGACGCGCAUCAGUGCGUUCUACGUGAUCGGCGUGUUCUCCGGCGCCUUCUCGGGUCUGCUCGCCUACGCGAUCCACUACAUGGACGGCGUCGGCAAUCUCGCGUCCUGGCGCUGGAUCUUCAUCCUCGAGGGCAUCGCAACCGUGCUCCUGUCGAGCCUCAUCUUCAUCUUCCUCCCCGACGACCCGACGCGGAGCAAGUGGCUCACGGCCUCUGAGCGCGAUGCGAUCCUCGCCAAUCGUGCCGCUGAGGGCCAAGCGUCCAAGCAGCACUUUGAGUGGAAGUACCUCCGCCAGGUCGUGUGCGACUACAAGGUGUGGAUGUGCACGUGGCUCGCGGGCAGUGUCAACAUUGUCGUGUUCGGAUUCUCGUACACACUGCCCACCAUCCUGGUCCAGAUGGGAUACAAGGCGGCCAACGCGCAACUCCUCACUAUCCCCGUCUACUGUGCCGCGUGUAUCUGCACCUUCAUCGCGGGUCUGUACUCGGACCGCCGGCAACGGCGCUCAGACAUGAUCGUGGUCGGCUUCUCCGUCGCGCUCGCGGGCCUCAUCAUGCUCUACUGCCUGCCAAAGGACCGCAUCCCUGGCGUGCGCUACUUUGCGUGCUGCGUCCUCAUGAGCGGUAUCUACAUGGCCUUCCCCGGCUCGCUCGCGUGGAACAGCAACAACGCCGAGACGGCGGGCAAGCGCAACAUCUCGAUGGCGCUCCAGCUCACGCUCGCGUCCCUCGCGACCGCGGCGGGCACGAACAGCUACCUCGCGCACGAGGCGCCCCAGUACACCACGGGUUUCGGGUUCAGCAUGGCCAUGUGCGCGAGCAGCAUUCUCGUUGCCCUCGGGCUGGUUUGGCUCCUGAAGCGCGAGAACCGGAAACUCGACGAGCGCGAGAGGGAAAUUGUCGCGAGCGGCGAGCCAUUCGACGAGGCCCAGGUCCGCUUCCGAUACAUUCUCUAG